AUGAAGCCGUCCAGUUCCACCUCCGGCUUCUUCCAGGAGCGGCCGUCGCUGCCGAACCAGUUCUACGAUGACGCCAGUUUCCAGAGGUCGCUGAGGCUCUUCCUACCACGUCAUGUGGCCAGCCAAGUCCGGGGCGAAGUCGCACAGCUGGGCGAGGACGUCGUGUCCGACAAGGUGUUUGCCUGGGUCACCGACGCCGAGAAGAACUCUCCCUACCUAGCGGGCCACGGCCGGGACAUCUUCGGCAAAUUAACGUCCAAGCUCGUCGUCGGCGAAGGAUGGCGCACCCUGCAGGCACUCGGUAUUGAGAAAGGGAUCGUCGCCACCGGAUAUGACACGUCACUUGGGGCAUCGGCCCGCGUCGUGCAGUUCCUGAGGCUACACCUGUGGGAGGGCUCCGCCGCCAACGUCCCUUGCCCAUCAGCGAUGCAGGACGGCGCGGCGCGACUGCUGCAGCUCCAGCUGGCUGGCAGUGACCUUGAGCCGGAGCAGCGCCGCGUGCUCGGGAGGGCGCUGGAGCACCUCCUCUCUACAGAUCCGGCUAAGGCUUGGACUAGCGGCCAGUGGAUGACUGAGCGGACCGGCGGGAGCGAUGUCUCCCUCACAGAGACCGUCGCCCAGUACAAGCCCUCACCAAAGCCAGGCCUAGCCGACGCCCACGAGAACAUUCCUCUGGGCCCUUGGUCCAUAUCAGGGUUCAAGUGGUUCUCAAGCGCGACUGACUCGAACAUGACAAUCUUGCUGGCACGCACACAGAACGGAGUCAGCGCCUUCUUCGCCCCCAUGAGGCGGCACGACCCCUCGGCGGUCACGCUGGCCGGCCGGCCCAUGGGAGCCGCCGGUACGGAGCUCAACGGGUUGCGGAUCCAGCGGCUCAAGAACAAGUUUGGGACCAAGUCCCUGCCCACGGCGGAGCUCGAGCUGGAGGAUAUGCGGGGCUGGCUGCUGGGCCGGCAAGGGCAGGGAGUCAAGGAGAUUAGCACCGUCCUCACCCUCACGCGGAUCCACUCGUCCGUCGCCGCCGUGGGAUACGUCGGUCGCGCUCUCGGUAUCGCUAGGGCAUUUGCCAAGGUCAGGCAGGUCAGCGCCGGGCGCGGCCAGCGGGCCCUGCUUACCCAGAGUCCACUGCACAUGCAGACGCUGGCGGACAUGACUGGCAAGUACCACGGGCUGAUGCUGCUCACCUUCUUCACGUCGUACAUUCUAGGUCUGGAUGAACAUCCCCAGGCGGGAAGGUCAGGGCUAUCCCCACCGCUAGCCGCCAUCACGCCGGAACAGCAACACAUAGCGCCGCUUCUGCGUGUCUUGACACCUCUCUGCAAGGGCUACGUCUGCAAGAAUGCGAUCCACCUCGUGUACGAAUGCAUGGAGGCGCUGGGCGGCGUGGGCUACCUCGAGAACGAGGAGGCCCAGAACCUCAACAUCGCGAGGCUGUACCGCGACUGCUGCGUGCUGUCCAUCUGGGAGGGCACCACGGACGUUCUCGCCACGGACUUCUUGAGGGCCCUCAAGCAUCCCAAGGGAGGUCAGGAGUCGAUAGAUGCCCUGGAUGUACUUCUUGGCAAGAAGACCAAAGUCUCGCCUGGGCAGGUGGACGGCAAGGCAAGCGGACCGCCCCCGACGGGCCGAUGGGAAGCGUUGAAGGAGACGCUUGCCCGAGAGUCACAGGCCGAUCUCGUCGGAGACGCACGAAGCAUCCUGUGGGAUGUAGCUGAGAGCCUCAUUGAGGUUUUGCUCUACGCGGAUGCCCAGAGCGAUGGCAGUCAAACGGCGUUGGAUAUAUUAUCCCGCUGGAGGCUGGCCUCCGGGGCUGGCCGUACGGGCUCGAUUGCACCGCAGAGCAAUAGCGAGGACAGAUUGGCCAGGAACUCUGCGAUCGUCUAUGGACGGCCGGAUUCAGGCGCAUCUUCGUCGAAGCUGUAG